CUUCCGGGGCUUGCUGUUUUCCAUCGGACAACCCGCGAACUUUCUUUUUCGGUGUCCCUCGAAGAGUUUGCUGCUCGCGAAGAGUUUUAGAGCCGUCUUUUUAGGGGAACAAUGGGUUUCGUGAAAGUGGUGAAGAAUAAGCAGUACUUCAAGAGGUACCAAGUGAAAUUCAAGAGGCGUCGCGAGGGACGCACCGAUUACUAUGCCCGGAAACGCUUGACGUUCCAGACUAAAAAUAGAUACAAUACCCCAAAGUAUCGCCUGAUUGUGCGUCUGAGCAACAAGGAUAUCACCUGCCAGAUCGCCUACUCGCGCAUCGAAGGGGACAAGAUUGUGUGUGCUGCAUACUCACAUGAAUUGCCCAAGUACGGAGUGAAGGUUGGACUUACCAAUUACGCUGCUGCCUACUGCACUGGUCUGCUAGUGGCUAGGCGUAUCCUGCAGAAGUUAGGCCUGGACAGCCUCUACAGUGGCUGCACCGAAGUCACGGGUGAUGCCUACGAUGUGGAGUCGCUGGACGAUGGUCCAGGAGCAUUCCGGUGCUUCCUGGACGUCGGUCUGAGUCGCACCACAACCGGGGCUCGUGUCUUUGGGGCCAUGAAGGGAGCCGUGGACGGUGGACUCAACAUCCCGCACAAUGUCAAGCGAUUCCCGGGCUACAGUGCCGAGAGCAAGACUCUCAAUGCUGAUGUCCACCGUGCUCACAUCUUUGGGCAGCACGUGGCCAACUACAUGAAGAUGCUGGAGGAGGAAGACAACGAAGCCUUCAAGCGUCAAUUCAGCAAGUACAUCAGCCUCGGCAUCCGGGCGGAUGAUCUGGAAGAGACGUACAAGAAAGCCCACGCUGCGAUUCGUUCUGAUCCUUCGCACAAGAAGGCAGACAAGAAGCAACCGACGAAGAAACGAUGGAACAAGGCCAAGUUGACGUUGGAGCAGCGCAAGAAGAAUGUCUCAGACAAGAAGGCUGCCUUCCUGGCCAAACUCCAAGCCGAGACCGAAGCGUAAAUCGGAUUACUUCAGGGAGGACGGAAAGGAUGUUCCUCAGAAGACAUCUGAUUGUAUGCUUUGGGUUUACUCUCAAUAAAACAAUCUGCAAAAUA